AGAACACAACUUGUUCCCAGCUUUCUUUAUUAUUUUAAUGUGGUUAUUCAUCUUAUCAUAAAUCGACUAACCUAUAGUCGCAAUCAGCUUCAAAUUUAAACUGUAAAGAAUUCAACGGUUUAUCAACGGAAACAGUUACAAAUUUUACAAUGGAUGAUACACAUGCCAGCACUUCUGAUGAUUCAGUGAUCACACUGGAUAAUUCUAAACAAUCCAACUGGUUUAUAUGCAAAGAAGAUAAAACUGAUGAAAAUGUAACAACUUAUGGAAAGCAAAAUCGCAUAUGUCAACGAUUAACGAGCGAAAACUAUUCAAAUACACAACCAAAUGUCCCAUUAUUGUACAAUGGACCAUAUUCUUAUUCUGAUCAUAAAGAGAAACAUGACAUAAUUCAAGGAGUCAAUAAAACAAGUAUACUUGGAACUCCAUCAUCACUAGAGAACAAAUCCCAAAAGCUACGAAAAUCUAGUUGGAAUAGUGCAUUAUUCUAUUUUAAUCCAUCUGGACGUAUAGUUCAUACAUGGUGUGGUGUUAUCAGCAUUGUAUUUAUGUAUCAUUUAUGGGUUAUUAUCUAUAGAUUUGCAUUUAAUGAGAUCAAUCAACAAACAGUUGUAUUCUGGUUAACUUUAGAUUAUUUCGCUGAUUUAUUAUAUAUAAUUGAUAUGACUAUAUCGUUAAGAACUGGUUUUCUUGAAGAUGGUGUUAUGCAAUUUGAUGGAAUGAAAAUGCGUUCACACUAUCUCAAUUCAUCACGUUUUUAUAUUGAUUGUUUAAGUUUACUUCCAUUAGACUUUUUAUAUUUAUCCAUUGGUUUUAAAUCUAUUUUACGUAUAUUCCGAUUGUGUAAAGUGUACAAAUUUUGGCAAUUUAUGGACAGAGCUGAACGACAUACAAAUUAUCCCAAUUUAAUGCGAUCAACUAAAUUACUAUUGUAUUACUUAACAUUUUUACAUUGGAAUGCAUGCGUUUUUCAGCUGAUUAACUCAACUGCAGAUAGUUUGUUCAUGACAUCUCUGACACAGUCUCCAACCUCAGGAACAACUAUAACUGAGGGGUCAAGAACAAACAUUCCAAACUUGGGUGCUACCCACACUAACUAUCAUACUACCAAUAUUAAUAGUAGCCAUCGUAAUAAUAGUAAACAAAACACCAAUCAUAUCAGCAACCGUAGUAAUGUCAGUGACAACGGUAUAAAUAAUGAUAGUUCUUUACAACUAAAAAGUAAUCAUUCACUAAGCAAUAUUAAUAAUGAAACCAUUUUGUCGACAGCAACGUCAGCUACAGUAACAUUUGCUAAUACUGAUGUAGGUUCUUUAAUAACAAUGUCGCCAGACUUGCAUUCAUUUAAUAAAAUACAUUUAACUCCAGGUCAUCACGAUGGAUAUGAAUAUUUACAUGCAUUUUAUUGGAGUAUGUUAAGUUUAUUUCCUGUCGGUGGAUUUCCAACACCAAAAUGUCCUAUAGCUUAUUUUUAUUUAAUUUGUGAAGGUGUUAUUGGAAUGUUUCUAAUGGCAACUGUUCUCGGACAUGUUAGCAAUAUUGUAACAAAUGUUAGUGCUGCUCAAAAAGAAUUUCAAGCACGGCUUGAUAGUGUGAAAAACUAUAUGUCAUUAAGAAGAGUACCAGCAUCAUUACAAGAACGUGUAAUAAAUUGGUUUGAUUUUCUCUGGUAUACAAAUAAAAUAACAGACGAAGAAAAGGUUCUACGAAAUCUGCCAUAUAAAUUAAAAGCUGAAAUAGCUAUUCAUGUACAUUUGAAUACAUUAAAACAAGUGGAAAUAUUUCAAGAUACUGAAGAAGGAUUUUUAUCUGAACUUGUAUUAAAACUACGUGUUGUAUUGUUUGCACCAGGUGAUUAUGUAUGUCGUAAGGGUGAAAUUGGUAAGCAAAUGUAUAUUGUGAAUCGUGGAAAAUUACACGUUUUAGGAGAUGAUGGACAUACAGUUUUAGCUACACUACACGCUGGAAGUUAUUUUGGUGAAUUAUCUAUUCUAAAUCUGGGCAAUAAUGGUAAUAGACGUACAGCAUCAGUACGUUCCCUAGGAUAUUCUGAUUUGUUCUGCUUGUCUAAAUCUGAUCUUUGGAAAGUACUUAAAGAGUAUCCAAAUGCAAGAAGUAAACUUGAAGCUGAUGCUUAUAGAAAAAUAAAUCAAUAUCAGAAUGUUCCACAACAAAAUAUAAAAGAUUUUCCGAAUAAAUCUAUUCCAUUCGAGAGGAAAGUUAUGAACUCAACAGAUCUAAUGAACUACAUUGGGUAUUCUGCACCUGCUCUUGACAGCACGCACCUUCGUAAUAAUAAUCCAACAAUUAAUCAGAACAGUCAUUCUCAAUUAGACAUGAAUUCAAAUCAUGAGCGUUUAGUACGUGUUUCCAACAGCGAUGGGUCGGAUGGUUAUGGCAGUGACCCAAGUCGUUGCUCAGCCUUUCUGCCUACACCGCAAAGAUCCCCUACUCCAUCGGCCAUCGUGGUGAUAAACAAUCCUGAUAAAACCCAUAUAACUUCAAACUAUGGACCAUUUAUACAGCCUAAUCCUACAAUCUUCAACGUGGCGGGUCAAAGUCAGUCUGUUUAUGAGAAUCGAUCAAGAUCGGUGCCGACAACAGUAAAUGAUAGCCUAGGAAAUUUUACAGCAAUGUGUUCUAAUGAAAAUGAACAAGUUUGUAAUUGUUUAGUAGCGGAACCAAAUAAAUGCUCGAGGUUAAAACCAUAUCAAAAUGACUCAAUCCCGUUUGGAAAACAGCGUCAUCUAUCAAUGCCAACAAAUCUGUUUUCUACUGAUGACUCUUUUUAUCAUCCAAAUAGUAGUCAAUUAAAAGAGUCUAACGUAAAAUCUACACCUAUAGCAUUACAUAGUGGCGUCAUGAUUACUGAUUUUCAUUCAAAUCAAUGGAAAGAAGUGGAAAAUGAAAAGUUGUUUCGUAAAAAUUGCCAUUCUGACUGUUUCAUGAAAGGAAAGCAAACAAUAACUUCAAACAUGGACACUUCAAAUCAUGAUGGUACAGUAAAUGGAAAAAGAGUGAUACCAAUUAUUUGUUUUGAAAAAGCUUCUACACCAUCAAUUUCAGAAGCAACAAUUUCCGAAGAUGAACAAGAAUAUCAAGCUGUUUACGAGCAUACUUCACAAACUUCAUCAUCACCAGUCAUCAAUAAAACCCCCACUUAUUCAUCUUCUAUGCUUAAAUCAGAGCCAACACAUGGAAAAUAUUGUACUCAUUUAAAAAUACCGAAACAUAAAACACCUAAUUGGACAGCUAGACGACCUCCAUGGCCUUAUAAAACUUGUUCACAUCAUUAUAAACCACCAAGUAUAUUUAAAACAGGGCAUAUUUCUAAUCAUUCAAAAGAAGAUAAUUCAAUGUUUAAUGCUAUACAUAGUUACAAACAUAAUAAAACUAAUCAUGAAUUAAUUGAACAUUUAAGUUAUCUUACAUAUCGAAUAAAUAAAUUAGAAAAUGAAAAUUACUUUUUACAAAAUAAUUUAUUUAAUCAAUCAAAUUCAAUGAUGACACAACAAUCACAACCACCACCACCACAACAACAACAACAUCAAGUACAGCCAUCAUUGUCACAACAAAAAUGGUCACCUACAGUAAAUUUAACACGUAAAUAUAGUUUACCAAUAAAAUCAACAAAUGUAUUUCAACAAUUUCAAGAUUAUUUAAAAAUACCAGGCAAUACACAGAUCAAUGAUCCGAGAUCUAUUGAAUAUGAUAGUUCAAAAGAUUUAAAAUCUGAUGUAUCUCAAUCAAAUUUACAGAAAAAUGGAGAAAAUUUAUUAGAUAAACCAAAUAUUACUAAUAACAAUUGUCCAGUAUUUACUCUUGAAUAAAAAGAAACGUAAAUAUUAAAAAAAUUCCAUUUGUUUUAACUUAGUGGGGUUAUUUUCCAUUACCAAACACACACAUACACACACAAAAGUUCUUUUAAAUUUUUUUAAACAGGAAAUUUAUAUCUGGUUACGUAAUAUUAACCUUCUUUUCUUUUUCUCUUAUAUACACUAAAUUGAAUAUGACUGGGUGAAUAUGAAAAAUCUAAUAGUAAAUGGAUUUAUAGUACCUUUUCUUUGUACUAAAAUUUAUUCCUUUAGUUAUAUAAAGUUUUAAACAUUUUAAGCUCAUUUGAGAAAUUUUCACUGUUACGUAAUUGUUCUUUUUCUUCAUUAAUUGUUCUAUGACUAUCACGUAUAUGUUUAUACAUGAACAGUAAAUUUUAAAUGUUUGUAACUAUCUACUUAUUUGUAAAAAAGUAGUAUAAGUAUAUAGGUUAAUUUUUUGAAACAGGUUGUUUUCUUUAUACAGUAAAAGUAAUUAAUCACCAUGUCUAUCACUAUUCUAAAUAAAAUUUAACCGUAUUUCGGAUAGAUGAUUUUUUGGUGAUAAGUUGGCAAAUUUCGGUUGAAAUAAAUUAGGACAUGAUUAACGAUAGUAGAUUACUUAAAUGUUAUAUUGAAAUGUGCUUAGUUUGGAAAUAAUUUUCUUCAUUGGUUACUAGCUAUAAACAGCUUCCUUUAAUUUCUGAAUGGAAUUUAUAAACUUUAUAUUCAGCUCUGACAGAGAUCGGACAGUUGUCAAACGAAUACAUUGGACUAGAAAUCUAACUGAAUUCGAUAACGGGGAAUGAAUGGUAUGAUGCUUUGUAUAGUAUCUAAAAGUUCUGGAUUUCCCCUUGUGUUAUAUUUUUGGCGUGAACGGAUGAUAAUUAUCGCAGCAAAAAGAAACGGUUACACUACCCUUUCUGGUUAUGAAUGCUUUAGGAAAUGAUCCUUCCACGUAAUAUGAACUAUUCGCGGAUGAUAAUAGAUAAAAUAGUACAAUACAAAUUUGAUUUCUAAUUGCUAUACAGUUACAAAAGAUUAUUUUUCAACUUUACGGUUACUUUUUAGGACAUAACUAUAUUUCAUGGUCGAAAUUUUUCACGUUGACGGUAAUUACUACCUUUUUUAUUGAUCAACUACAAAUCUUUAUUGGAUUUGUUUGGUAUUUUAGUAAACUUAAAAUUCAUCUUCGUAUCUUUUUAUACCCGUAUAUUCUGAGUUUUGUGUACCAGUUGUUAUUACUAAAAUAUACUGUUUGUUUACCUAACGUUCUUUGAGCCCAUUUUUGUUAUAAAUAAGCUAUUCAACGUUCAGUGGGGAUGAGAAUUUAUUCAUUUGUAUAAAGUAUAUAUGCUCGAAUUUCGCAAUAAGUCAUUUGUACUUAUUUACCUAAAGUAUAUCAAAAACCGAUGUGAUCAUUUAUGUCCUAUUUAAAAUUAUUGCACGACAAGUAUUGAUAUAUUAGGUUAAGACACUUUAUAUUUACGUAAUAUCCUGUUCUGUUCCCUUAAAAUGACAGAUAUUCAUUGAAACACUGAAAAAUUUAAUAAACUACCCUCUACCAUGCAUUAAAAAACUAUACUUCUUUAUUUAAACGGAUAAAACUGAUAAGUCAACUUUCAUUCACGUUACUUAAACAACUUUCAUCUUUAAAAAUUAUCCUCUGGAUAAUCAAGAAAUUACUUCGGAUGAUCUGGUUAUGCCUUUUGACAUGAAAUUAUAGGGGCAUUAAUUAUAUCAUAAAAAACUACUUUAUCAGCAUGAAGGAUAUGGAGAUUGUUGGAUAUUAUUAAGUUCACGAACCGAUCUAAGUUGAAAAACCAAUGACGGAUUGGAAGCUCGGUACUUUUAACGCAUGGCAUAUAUUUUAUCUAGUAUACGGCUAACUUUUCCAACAGCGAUAUUGUGGAAGGUACAUUUGUCUGUAUAUCUGACAACUAAUUAUUUCACUUCCGCUCUUGAAUUCAUUUGCAAAGUAAAAUAUAAUUGCCUCAUCUCCUAUCUGUUUUCUUUACUCAACACUGUUUGACAUACAGUUGAGUCAAUAGUAAGAUUAAAUCAUUGAAAACUAAUAUUUCUGUAAACUCAUGUCAUUACCUAUAAGUUCGUAGCUUCUAUCACUUUUUAUUUGACCACAAACAAAAGCUUCCUCAUUCAUUUAAGUCAAGUUUUCAUUUCUACUUUAUAGCCAUUAUAAUUAGUUGCAUGUUUUUUAACAUUAUUACAAUUCAGCCAUUCACCUAAUCAGAUUUUAUCUAUCAAUCUUCAGCUGUUAGUAUUAUCAUUACUUUGCUGUUAUUUUUAGUAAUUACUAGCAAUCUUGUUAUUUCUUAUCAUUUCUCUACUUCAAUCACAACAGUUUGCGCAUGUUUCUCGUACUUUUUAAUACCAUGGCCUCUCUCACCCAUUCUGCUUGUCUGCAAAUCUAACUCGUAUGAAUAUUGAAACUUAUUAUACUUGCUCUUCAUUAGUGAAUUAAAUGACUCCAUGGUACUUACAUACUAAAGUACGUUCGUAAAACAUUUUAGUUAUCUAUUUAUUUGUACCAAUUAUUAAGCAUGUAUAGUGAUUUGAAACACACUAAACGAAAUAACUUCACUUUAUUCCAUAAUGCCUGUUGUUCCUCCUUUGUAAAGAUGAAAAUGUUUCGAAAGUGUCAAUAUUCUGAUAAUAAAGUAGAAGUUUAAGGAUAAAUUCACUCUUUGUAUUCCCUUUAUUUACACAUGAAGUCACUCCAAUAAAUAAACCGUGAGAAUUUUAACCUGGAUAAUCAAUGUACAAUAUUCAAGUAUUUUUGAAGUCAUUCAAAAGCUACCUUAAUUCAUGAAGUGCAGAGUUAAGUUCCAAAUCUUUUGGUUCAUUUAGUACUAUUUACUUUCCAAAAUUAACUGUUGACUAAAAUACCUAGGUAAGUUUAGCCAAACUCAAAGGUUAUUCUAUUAUGUAAAUUAGCCGAGCUAAUACUACAGGCAAAAACGAGUUCGCAAAUGUAGAAAUAGAAACAACGAAACAUGUAAACAUCAGCUAAUUACAUCUUUCUGACUCCAGCUAAGUGAAGAACAAGAAAAUCAAAUUGAUGGUUAGAUGAUUACCUGUCACCAGUACUAAGGCUCCUUAAGCUAUGUUCUCAUUUAUAUUUAUCUGGAAAGUUGUUAUUUGAACCAUGAAAACAAGAAAUAUACCUUUUUUCAUCUGCAGACAAUGAAAAUUUGAAAAUGUCUGGAAUAAAAUUUAGUGAAUUUGCUUAAACGACAUAACUUUGUAUUGAUGGCAGUCCAUCAGGAAGGAUGGAAAACUUCCCUCGCGUUGGAGAUAGAAAGCGAUAACAUUCUGAGCCGUAUACGAGUUCCAAUCCUAAAUUUCUGAAUUUUAUGGUCAUGAUCCAUAACUUUCCUCUUUUUAAACUGCUUUGGUGCAUUAAGACAAGUGUGUCAGUUGCACUCACUCUUAUUUGUUGGUUACUCAAGUACGGAACAUAAAACGUUGCAAUGCAGAUAUAUUUAAACUGCGACUUAUCUCAAACGUCUUUGGCGAACUUGCUAAGUGGUAGCGCUUUAAAAUUAAUCUCAGUUUGAGUAAAGUUACAUAUAGUGGUAAGGGUGAUUGUCAUCCCUAUCCAACUGACAAAAGUUAUAUAACAAAAGCCCAGUAGUGACUUGGGGCAUUGAGUUAAAAAUGAUGGUUGAUUAUGAAAUAAUCAUCACUAGAGGGCUUUUAGUUAUAUGGCAUAAUCAUUUAGUCUUCAGGAGCCUUGGAAGUUUUAUACUUUACAUAUCAUAUCUAGUUUAACCAGAACUUUAUACACAAUAUCAGACGUGGCCCAUAUUUGCUGAAAGAAUGAGAUGUUGGUUAUUUCUUAGUUGAUUUAUGCAACGUUGCUAGCUGAACUUUUUAUCCUCUUAUUAAAGAAAAAAUCACAAAAAUCAAAUAAUUUCUUUCGUCUUACUGUAUAAAAACAAUAAUAUUAUAUCAACUCUUUGCUUUUAUAGAAUUAGUUAUUUGUGGAGAUCAAAUAAUAUUACUUUUAAAACCGGAUUAUAAUUUUUCAAUUAAGUCGUUAGCUGCUAGAGCUUCUUAUAAAAGAAAUGAUAUUAUCCCACUCGGUGUAAGUGUUGGAAAGAUAUUUACAAUGAUGUUUGUUCGAUGAGCUAAACAACUAGGCAGUCCGAUGUUUCUGUAGCUGAAGAAUUUAACUUAGUGGUAAAGACAAAUUGUCUAUCCAAUCGAAGUGAAGUAUGCUGAGCAAAUAUAUUAAGUUCUGCCUUUUGGAAGUGAUAUAAUACAUUCACUUGCUUUUUAUCAUACUUUCAAUCAAAAUCCAUUUUUCUUUCUAUUCCUAAAAUAGAAAAAGGACACCUAAGAGGAAUUAUCCUGAGAUAAGAACAUCAACCCAAUUUGGAUCCUAGAGUUGAUUGCACAUCUAUCUUAUAAAAUUUAAAAGGAAACUGACCUAUACAAAAUUUAAUUUGAUUAAAAUCGAGUUCGUGUGUAGAUCUUAAUAAACCCCCAAACAAUUAGUUCUGUAAGUCUCUAAUAUUGAUGCUAACCUCAUUAAUUUAACUGGACACACCCUAGUUGAAGGCUCUUUGGCGAGCAUCCAAACCAGAUCACCGUUGGAUACACUGUGCUACGUAUCCUUCGCAACUAGUUAGCAUAGGUCACUUAUGGAUAUGUAGACUACCUUUCAGAUAUGUCUACCAACCCUUUUACCUCUGAAUUCUGGUUUGACUGGCUUUUGGACUCUCGUUUAUAAAAGUGUUCCGGAUAACAGUGUUGUCAAACACUGAACACUUGUGACAUCGUGAAUUUAUGACUAACUGAUAAAUAAAGCUAAGUAUCCAGAGUCUGUUGAACGAAAUGAAUGGAUUUCAGAUUUUUAGUUCCGUACAUUGCAUUGUUUAUAGUUUGCUAUCUCAAUUUGAUAUCAUUUGAUUUACUUCACGAAAAGUCAUCUGAACAGUAUAGAUGCAAUCACUUAUGAAAACUAAGUUGCAUUCUCGAUUUACUGGCCUUAUUUAAUAUGGAUAUUCUAAUUCUUUUUUACUUCAUGGCAGCAUCGCGCACUGUGACAGUUGAAGUCACGUCUUUGUACAUAAUUAUGGAGUUUUAUUGCAUAAUGUCACAGGAGCUUUACAAAAUAUUUUAAAAACACAAACAACAUUAAUAAAUUCAUGAAAAAUUAAAAAAUUAUUCGAUCGAUCAAUUAUUAUAGUACUGGUAUAUGCAACUAUCAAAAAAUUAUAUUUCUGGUAUGUCAGCAUUUUGUAGAGAUGAAUAACAUCCGAAACAAGUAGCUUGAUAAAUAUCAGAUAGCCUGACUACUAGUCUUAUGUUUAUAUCCCUCUAGCUUCAAUCAACUUUCGGUGGUUGUAACCCCUGUCAAGUUUUUCCUACUUUUCUUUGAUGUGAUAUGCAUGAACGAGUCUACUAUUAACGUCGUAUGAUUCUGUCGAGUAAAGAGAUUGUAGAUCACCAACGUAGAUGAUCUCUGUCGAAUGAUUGAGGGCUCACCCGAGUCACACGGCGAUGGCGUGACCAACAGCUAAUGUCGAAGUCACACUUCACUGUCAGCACCUAACGUGGAUUAUCCCUUCGUCGUAUCGAGGUACUAUGGAUGCUUCGAAGACCGUACAACACAAACGACGUUACUACUAAAAUAUAUUGGUUAAAAAAGGUACAAGUGAAAGUGUGACCAUCAACGCAUGGGUCAGUCCAUGGCGUACAAUUAACCGAUGUAAGUUAAUUGUCGUUGUCUUUGACAGUGAUCGAUGAUCUGUUCGACAAUUAUUGACCAAACUGUCGGAUGAUUUGGCUAGCGCUCAGUGGCAUCCCACUGGCCCUACAAGAUCAUUAGCGGUAAAAGCAAUGUUGAUUAUGUUAGACAGAAAGAUUCAAAAAUUUCAGGUUCCCUUUUACUCUAGGAACGCACAACGCUACGUAUUUGAGUUUGGUUCGUUCAAAGCACUGGGAACACUAAAUCUAUUUGAGUUCAUUACCAAAACAUAUUUUUGAAUAAUAUAUAAACUAUACAGGCAGACAUGACAAUGUUACGAGAACCAUCAAGUCAAAAACAACUUCAAAAAAGUACAAAAUAAGCAUUAUAGAGCUUAAGACUAAAUCUAUGUAAAAUACAUAUGAUUGCCAUAAUAUGAGCCAAACACAUAAAACAACAUUUGGUAAAAACUGGAAAACGGAAAUAACAAUGCCAACUAAGCUCUCCUUCAAAUUUGAAAUCAUGAGACAGUAUAUGCGUAGAAUUUCGGAGAAUAUGAAAAAUACGAACAGUGACAAUUCACUAGCAAAUAUACCUUGAGAAUAUGGGAGUACAACUCCCUUUAAAACAAACAACAGAAUUUCUACAACCACAAAUGGAACAAAAUAACAUAUGUUACAGCGAAGCAAAACCUGCAGGAAAGAAGAGGAUCGCACCGAACGAACGUCUGGGUUACUAUCAACCUGAUUAUCUUCUGUAGACAUUUGAAAAAGUGCAGCGUCUAGAGUUAUUUAAACA